AUGAAGGUAAGCUUGAUUCAAAUUGCAAUAACUGCCUUGAUGGCCAGUGAAAUAAAUGCACACCCAACAAAGGAAUUAGAAAGAAGAGAUUUAAUCUCAAGUGUCGAUAAUAUUGUUAAUUCAGCUAUUAAUGAUGGUAAAGCUAGCGAAAAUAAGGCUAAGAGUGCCAUUAGUGAAAUUUUUGACAAGAUAAACAACGGUGUCAAACAAGAUAUUGAGGACUUGAAACAGGUAGGUAAGUCUAUUGCUGACUUGCUUAAGUCUGUUGUACCUACAGAAGAUUUAUCAACUCCAGAGGGUGUUCAAGAAUAUUUAGGUCAACUUUUUCAAAAUAGUAAAGAUAUAUUCAAGGAUUCUAUUGAUAUGGUGGCACAUGGGUUGAAGCCAGGUAGUAUUGCAGGCAAUAUCGAUGGCUUCUCUGACGAGGUCAAUUCCUCGGACAAUGAGAAUACUAAGGAACCAGAGAAAUCUGUUUAUCCUCAAGCUGAAUCUGGUGACCCAUCUUAUUCUUUUUCUGAAAAGCAACUACGUUCUGCUAUUCAAAUUCCUGAGGAAUACCAGUAUGGAAAUGGCUCUAAAAAUCCAGUUGUCUUGGUUCCUGGUACCGGAAGUAAAGGGGGUAUGACAUAUGCUUCCAACUAUGCCAAAUUGUUUAAGGACACUGACUAUGCUGAUCCUGUAUGGUUAAAUAUUCCCGGUUAUUUGUUAGAUGAUGCUCAAAACAAUGCUGAGUAUGUUGCAUAUGCCAUUAACUAUAUAUCUGGAAUUUCAAAUAAUAAAAAUGUGAGUAUUAUUUCUUGGUCGCAAGGUGGGCUUGACACUCAAUGGGCUUUGAAAUACUGGAUAUCUACUCGUUCAAAGGUAAGCAACUUUAUCCCUAUUAGUCCAGAUUUCAAAGGAACCAAAAUGGUUCCUGUUAUUUGUCCAUUUUUCCCGAAGUUAGAUUGUCCUCCUUCCGUUUUGCAACAAGAUUUUAACUCCACUUUUAUUCAAGUUUUGCGUGCGGAUGGUGGAGAUUCAGCCUAUGUUCCAACAACUUCUAUAUACUCUGGAUUUGAUGAAAUUGUUCAGCCACAAUCUGGAAACGGUGCUUCUGCAAUUUUAAAUGAUGAUCGUAAUGUUGGUGUUACAAAUAACGAAGUUCAAACUAUAUGUCCAAAUAAACCUGCUGGAAAAUAUUAUACCCAUGAAGGUUCUCUUUAUAAUCCCGUUGGUUAUGCUUUGGCCGUAGAUGCUUUGACUCAUGACGGUCCAGGUCAGUUAAGCAGAAUCGAUUUAGAUACCGAAUGUGGAAAAAUCGUACCAGAAGGAUUAACCUACACUGAUCUUCUUGCUACCGAAGCAUUGAUUCCUGAAGCUCUUGCUUUGAUUAUAGGUUACGACAAUAAGACUCGUGAAGAGCCAGCUAUAAGGUCUUACGCUCAGUAA